AUGCCGUCGCUGCUACUGCGGCUGCAACCGCUCCGCAACUACCUCCCCUCCAUAAGUCGACAACGAUCCCAUAAUAUAUAUUCCAAUUCCACCACCGUCACAUCUCGACCGUCCAGCUUCUCCGCCUCCCCGCCCCUCCUCAAAAACACAAACCUACCGCCGCGCCCCAAGCCGCCCCCCGAGGAAGACAUCGAGGAGUCCUUCCUGAAGGGCAGCGGGCCCGGCGGGCAGAAGAUCAACAAAACCAACUCAGCAGUCCAACUCAAGCACCUCCCCACCGGCAUCGUCAUCAAAUCCCAAGCGACCCGCUCCCGCUCCCAGAACCGCGUCAUAGCCCGGCAACUGCUAGCCGACAAGCUGGACCAGCUAGCCCGCGGCGACGAGAGCCGCUCCGCCAUCGUCGGCGAGUUUAAGCGCAAGAAGAAGGCCAGCUCCGCCAAGAAGAGCCGCCGGAAGUAUCGUAAGCUCGACGAGGAGAAACAACAGGCUCAGGCUGGGACCGCGCUGCAGGGAGAAGAAGAGGUUCUAGAAGAAGAGGAAUUCGAGGAAGGCGGAGAGGAGGAGGAAUUUCAAGAUAGCUCGAAGAACAAUGAAAGAAUAGACUAUAAAUAA